UCUGAAGUGUUAUAAUUGAACCUGUGAGUUCAUCGAUCAGUCAGUGAAGUUGGCAGCGCACGAAGGGCGCAUUUUGUCUUUCGCACCCUAAUACGUUGUGCGUCUAAUUUCGUGGAUUUAGACGUUCCUUCUCUUCAGACUGCCAGACACCGUGGGAACUGGGUGAUGUUGAAUAUGGAGGACAAGAGUGACGACGGCGCCGCACUGGAUGGGAUCAUUUCCCGAUGCUCCAAGCCCCUUUCCAGAAAACACAUUUCUUCGGGGCUAUCUGCUAGGCCUAAAGAAGUUAGUGCUCAAGAUGGAAAAUAUGAUUUAAAUAGAGACAAAAACUGUGAUAAUAAAGAAUACGCCGUCCAAGAGGACAAACGAGUCUCCAGAAAUGGCCAAAGGGAAGACGGAGAAGAUACGGAGAGAGUUGGAGAGGUGAAGACAUGUGGAGGGGUAGAGGGAAAAGCCAAACCGGAGAAACCUCCUUUCAGCUAUAACGCUCUGAUAAUGAUGGCUAUUAGCCAGAGCCCGGAGCGAAGGCUUACCCUCAACGGCAUUUAUGAGUUCAUCAUAGGUCAUUUCCCUUACUAUCGAGAAAAUAGACAAGGAUGGCAGAAUUCCAUCCGACAUAACCUGAGUCUGAACAAGUGCUUUGUCAAAAUACCUCGCCAUUAUGAUGACCCAGGCAAAGGCAACUACUGGAUGCUUGACCCUUCAAGUGAGAACAUGUUCAUAGCUGGCACAACUGGUAAACUCCGGUGCCGUUCCACGGCGGGCACCCGUGCAAAGCUGGCAAUUAAACGGGAUUCCCGUUUGACCACCACUGCUGCCGGGCUGGCGUUCACUGGGUCAUUUUAUUGGCCGGUGCCAUCGUUUCUAAACCUUCAACAUCCUGCGCACUCAUACCCGGGCACAGGGUCAUAUGUAGGGCCCCAUCAGUCCAACUAUGCCACCUCGAUCCUUUCUCAACGGUCACACCACACCACCGUCAGUGCCAUAAAUGCUAGGGCAGACCAACUCUUCCAAACAAACCAAGAGUCGUCUUAUGUUGGCAUGGGUGGAGGUGCGCAGUACUGUCGCCAUCAACAAAUGAGCGCAGCCACAACAUUCGCCUCUUCAUCGUUGCCAUGCACGUUGUCUCUCCCUAACCCUUGUUCCUUUAACUUGCUAUCCGGACAAGCGAGUUAUUUUUACUCGCAUCACCAGGUACCCCACCCGGUGACGUUCAAUGCAUGGUGCCAGGAGGAGUACCCCUCAUCCAAGGCAUCUCCUGCCGGACACAUUUACUCCGGAAAGAAUGGACCAUCGGAUUGCUUGGGGAGUUUAUGCAUGGAGUUCCCUAAUUAUUUUCUUCCAAGCAGCCACACGAGCACCCUCAACACCAAUCUUUCUUGGGAUGCAGGGAAAUGACCAUAUUUAAUGAUCUAUUUAAAUUAAAAACGUAUGUUUCUCUUUAAGUAUUGUAUCUUUCUAAUGUCUACCAAUACUGCGAAAUUGAUUUAAAUAAUUGAUGUGAGUUUGCUAUUAUCCAAAUAGUCCUAUCUGUCUUUGGAAAGAACAUUUAUUUCAUCAUCCGUUUUUAAAUAAUCGCCAAUCACGCGUGAAUGUGCAAUUUCCAUCUAAACGUAUUACUAAAAACACCACUCACCAUUUCAUUUUUUUUCAGUGCAAUAACCUAGAAUAAUGUUGUAUUAUUUCACGAAUAAUGGGCAAUAUUUGUGGUGCAUUCAGAUAAUUAAAAGUGUAUUUUCCUUUGAUAGCAUUUCGUUAGUAGCCUUUUUAAAUACCAAAUAUAAUACCAACUAUAUGUCACAAGAUGAGAGAUGCUGUAAGAUAGUUUCACAAUGGUGAAUGAUGUUGUAAUUAGCAGGGUCGAGAUUGUUAUUGCGAGAUGUUGCAUCACCGUUUAGGCUACUUUUACUCACAGGCUCAUCACUCGCUGACAUGUGUAUUCGUUUUUUCGUUCUUGGUGUCGUAACUCCGAUUUGCGAUUUUUAGGCCUAAGUCUUAGGGAUGUUGGCUAUAUGGAACAUCAUUUAAAAUAUAUAUAAAAUAAUGAAAAUAACUUGUACAACAGUGUCCCAUGAGUGCUCUCCAUAUAUCUGUAGAAAACUGGCGAGAUUGUCCGAUGAUAGCCUUAUUUCCAUUAAUACAAAUUGAGAAAUUGAUGUGCUUGAACAAUUCACUGUUAAUUUAAAACAAACUUAAAAUAACAAUCGUCUUCUUACAUGUCCUCUAUCAAUCGUAUUGCUUGAGGAAAGAUGUGCGUAAUUAAUUUUAAACGAAAGGUAUUGGAAUAAAGUAUUUACUCUGAUGCAACUAAAAUAAUAUAUAAAUUAGAAACAAAAGUCAAUAAUUGUUUUGAUACUCCAGGAUUAAAAAUAAAACAUUGGCUAAGAAUUUUCUCUCCUGUACUAGUCUAUUUCGUCAAAAUCAAAACUAUAGGGAUUGUCUCGAUUUGUGUCUCAAUAUGAACACAAUGCUGUGUUGAGCAUUUCCUAUGUUUUAGAAUACAACUAAACUAAAUACAAUGGCAAGAAAAACCCUUUGGAAUUACCUGGACUUCCAUAAAUUGGUCAUGAAAUUUGAUCUGAUCUUCAUCUAAGUCACAACAAUAGACAAACACAGUCUGCUUAAACUAAUAACACACAAACAAUUAUACUUUUCACGUCUUUAUGCAACACACCAUGUAAACAUUCACUGUGCAGGGUGGAACAAGUAUAUGAACCCUUGGAUUUAAUAACUGGUUGACCCUCCUUUGUCAGCAAUAACCUCAACGAAACGUUUCAUGUAGUUGCAGAUCAGACCUGCACAAUGGUCAGGAAGACUUUUGGACCAUUCCUCUUUACAAAACUAUUUAAGUUCAGCAAUAUUCUUGGGAUGUCUGGUGUGAACCGCUCUCGAGGUCAUGCAACAGCAUCUCUGUCCGGUUGAGGUCAGGACUCUGACUGGGCCACCCCAGAAGGCGUAUUUUCUUCUGUUGAAGCCAUUUUGUUGUUGAUUUACUUCUGUGAUUUGGGUCGUUGUCAUGUUGCAUCACCCCAACUUCUGUUGAGCUUCAAUUGGCGGACAGAUAGCCUUACAUUCUCCAGUAAGAUAUCUUGAUAAACAUGGGAGUUCAUUUUCCCGUCUAUGCUGUCCAGGUCCUGAGGCAGCAAAGCAGCUCCAAACCAUGAUACUCCCUCCACCAUACUUUCCAGUUGGGAUGAGGUUUUGAUAUUGG